UUACCUGACAACGAGGUGGCCAUUAUCGGUCUUUAUACGAUUUUUUCAACUUUAUACAUUUCUGUAUCCAAAAUCUGGAAUUCACACACUUUUUCAAUUGAACACAAAAAUAUUAAACUGAUAUUGUUAUUGCACUUGUUCUGCCGUCUUGUGAGAUACAUAAUUGUUACUUUUUUGUGCAGUUUCGUGUGUUCUUUGUGUCAAAAUUUGUAAGGAAAAAGAGUGCAUCCUUGUUACUCUACAACUGCUGUCACGACAGACACCAUAGUCACCCGAACAGCUGACUAGGCCCACUCAGGACACCAGAGGCAUCUUGAAGAAAACUGCAUAUUUCUUUGGAGCAGCUAGAGUGAGAAAAAUACUGAUACGACGAUUCGGGACUAGAAGCAAUAUUGGAUUACAUGCUAAACAAAAAAUGUUACCAAGUAUAUGUGGAUAAUAAUAAUAUUAAGUACUUAAAGAACGCUACAAAUGAAAUCAAUUGAAAGUGACGGACAUUUUUCCACAAAAAGUUAGCAAAAAUCUUUUAAUUUGUGUAUAAAAAGUGCAAAGAGUACAAAGCCCAUUGGCCGGUAAAAAGACUGCAAUAAAAAGCAAAACCAAAUAGUAAAACAAGUGAAAUUAACACACUCACAAAAAUGCAGCAAAAAUUUUAAAAAUUUUAAGUGCAAAUAACCACAAAGGAAUAAGCAGUAACACGUGAAGGAGUUGAAACUGACGAAGUGCUACUGCCAGAUAAAAUAUACGGAAAAUUGUGCUACAACAAUUCUCGCGUCCAUCAUACAAAAAAAAAACUAACGCCCGACAUUACACUGUCGCAAAAUUUUAAAAUCUUUUAAUUAAAACAAAAUAUCUCAGAAAACUACAAAAUGAUGUGGGACACAAUUGCCGAAGAAACCAACGGAGAAAUGGCUAUGGAAUUUGCAAGCUGUCAAAUGCCACACGACUCGAAUACAGUCGCAGCCGCUGCCAGCAGUAAUGGAGCUACACGUCAACGCCAGCCCCGGAAUAUUUUGAGCAGCCCGAUUAAUGAUAUGGUAGUCGACCAUCAACUGUCAUUUUAUGGCGAUGAGGAAAAUGUUGAAGAACCAAAUCAGAGUUCGAACGUUUUCGAUUUGCCACAACAGAUGGGUUUGCUGUCACCUGAAGGAUCGCCUUGUCGUUUCCAAAUAUUACAACAACCAAGCGUACCGAAAUAUAAUCAAGAAGCUAACGGUCAGAAUGGUGGUCGUCAACGCCAGUCAUUCGUAAAUCGCCUACAGAAGCUACAACAUAACAUUGCCGCCAAUGGUAGUACUCGCACACCGACACCACCGAAAAGUUUGCGCAUUUUCCACAGUUUGUCAUCUGGUUCGAUGGGGUCUUCGUCCAUGGAAGAAGAUUACAUGGAUCUCUUUGAAAUGGAAUCACUUGGGAAUUCAAUGAUGCCAUCAAAUAACAUGCCAAAAAUUCCCAGCGAUCUAGAUUCGUUGUUUGUCGGACAAAUCAAGAAUAUAUUAUCACCUGCCCACCGUACCGUCGAACAGCCACAGUUGUUCGAACCAUUGAGAACACCUGAGAUGCGCCGUCCACCAGUGCGGCGUUGCCUAAGCAUGACUGACAAUUGUCUACCCAAGACGCCAGAGACGCUGCUUAAACAAGUGCAAGAAAUUGCUACCAGUCCUUAUGGCGUUAAGCUGCUAACAACGGAACGCAACCAGAAUGCCAUUAGCGGUUGUUUCAAACGUCCCGAUCCACCAUCGAAGACCAACUCGCCGGUACUUAUUAAGCGUUACCGCAUUGAAGCCGAAAAGGAGAAUCUCGACGACUCUCUAACAAUGUCACUACCAGCACUACCAGCGCCUCAACCCAAACUCAGCCAUCCACCACCAUUGCGCAAGAGCAUGUCGAUGAAUGAUGCCGAAAUCAUGUCGGCGCUUGCACGUUCGGAGAACAAGGACGAACCAGAUCUCAUCGGUGAUUUCAGCAAACCCUAUGUACUACCACUAAUGGAUGGUCGACAUCGCGAUUUGAAAUCAAUCUCCUGUGACACAAUGGCUCGCCUGGUGCGCGGCGAAUUCAGCAAUGUUGUGGCCAACUAUCGCAUCAUCGAUUGUCGCUAUCCAUACGAAUUCGAAGGUGGCCACAUACGCGGCGCUCAAAAUCUGUACACGCACGAGCAGAUACUCGAGGAGUUCCUCACGCAACAAAAGACUGAAAUGGAACAGCGUAAAGCAACCAAUGAUCAUCGUCGCAAUAUCAUUAUAUUCCAUUGUGAAUUCUCAUCAGAGCGUGGCCCGAAAUUGUCGCGCUUCUUGCGCAGCACCGAUCGUGAACGCAAUACCAAUUGCUAUCCGUCACUCGACUACCCCGAGAUCUAUCUGCUACACAAUGGCUACAAAGAAUUCUACGAACAUCAUUCGGAGCUGUGUGAUCCGACUGAUUACCGCCCCAUGUUGGAGCCAGCGUACAACAGCGCGUAUCGUCAUUUCCGCUCCAAGACAAAGUCCUGGAACGGCGACAGCGGUUUGGGCGGUGCUACAGGACGCCUAAAGAAAUCGCGCUCACGGCUAAUGUUGUAAGGCGAUGCGUGCAAGCGGCAGCAGCAACAGUGCAGCAAAUGAGUCAAAUCACUAUACGCUUGUUUAACCAACGCCACAGCUUUAGUUAGUAUGAAAAAAAAAAUUUUUCAUACAGAAGCUGAGCGGCAGGCGGGCGCGCAUGCGGUCGACGUUAAAUAAAACAUCAGCAGCAACUAAUAAGGCUGCGAAUUUGACAAGGAGUGCGGUUGGAGGGAGUACAAAUUCACGAUUGCAGUACAAAUUCAAACGGCCAGCUUUAACUAACGCUAAACUACAAAAACAAAAGAAAAAAACAUUCACCCACAACAGUUUCAACACCAACUUUUGCAGUUGAGCUCCCAAUGCCAACACCCAACAGAGUUUUGGGACAGGCACACAUACACUCGCACUCAUACUACACAAACACACAUGUAUAUAUACACAUGCAUUAGCAAAAUCACAACGCACAAACACACCACUUUCAUCAAAUUUACAUUCAAUUUGUUUUUGUU